AUGUUCAGAAAGAUCCACUCCAUCUUUAACUCCAGCCCGCAGAGAAAGACGGCGGCCGAGAGCCCCUUCUACGAAGGAGCCAGCCCCGCAGUGAAGCUGAUUCGAAGCAGCUCCAUGUAUGUGGUCGGGGACCACGGGGAGAAAUUCAGCGAGUCCUUAAAGAAUUACAAAAGCACCAGUAGCAUGGACACCAGCCUGUACUACCUGCGGCAGGAGGAGGACCGGGCGUGGAUGUAUUCGCGCACCCAGGACUGCCUGCAGUACCUGCAGGAGCUGCUGGCCUUGCGCAAAAAAUAUCUCAGCAGCUUCAGUGAUCUGAAGCCCCGCUGCACCCAGGGCAUUUCCUCAACCUCCUCCAAAUCCUCCAAGGGAGGGAAAAGGACCCCUGUCCGGUCUACUCCCAAAGAAAUAAAGAAAGCAACCCCAAAGAAAUACUCGCAGUUCAGUGCCGAUGUGGCCGAGGCCAUUGCUUUCUUUGACUCCAUCAUUGCAGAGCUGGAUACAGAGAGACGGCCCCGGGCUGCCGAGGCCACCCCACCAAAUGAAGACGUGGACUUUGACGUGGCCACCAGCUCCCGGGAGCACAGCUUGCAUUCUAACUGGAUCCUGCGGGCGCCACGCAGACACUCCGAGGAUAUCGCUGCUCACACUGUGCAUACUGUGGAUGGCCAAUUUCGAAGGAGCACUGAGUGCAGGACUGUGGGCACUCAGAGGAGACUUGAGAGGCACCCCAUUUAUUUGCCCAAGGCUGUGGAAGGGGCCUUCAACACCUGGAAAUUUAAGCCCAAAGCCUGCAAAAAAGACCUGGGGAGCUCCAGACAGAUCCUUUUCAACUUCUCAGGAGAAGAUAUGGAGUGGGAUGCAGAGCUCUUUGCGUUGGAGCCCCAGAUGUCUCCUGGGGAGGACUACUAUGAGACAGAGAACCCCAAAGGACAGUGGCUGCUUCGAAAAAGACUUUGGGAACGGACAGUGCCCUGACCCCAUCUGGAUUCCUUGAUGUGUCUCAGGCUGGGUCCCUGAGAAGCUAUCCACUUUCAGUGCAGCACGAGGUGUUUGGUAGAGUUGAAAAUGCAAAUUGUAACACAGUCAACCCCCUUGGCACACUGCCUGCUGGUGCUGUGCUAGUGCCAAACAGACCUGUGGCUUCCCAGGGGACGGGUCUCAGGACACUCUCAGAGCCUGAGUUUCUCUGCAUGGGCUGAUGAGCAGGGACUUACAGCCUGGCUGGUCUUCAAGAGCUGAAGGAAUGGAAGGUGUUGAGUGGAGUGUCUGGGCUCAUUCUCCUGACCUCACCCGGCCUGUUCCUCAUUCUCCACGUGUCUGUCCAGGUGGCUGCUGGCGAUGUGCUCAGUACCAGAGAUGAACUCACCCAUAGAUUUCUGGGCCAAAGCUUCAGAGAGGUAGCUCCUCUUUCUAUGAGGCUCAGAGACCUGCUGGAUCUGCACUGAGGUUGUCUUCUUGUGUGCAGAAUGCAGUUGAGAAAGCAGCUCCCUUUGCUGUCUUUUCAGAGUUUUCCAGAAACUCCUGCUGCAUUAGGCUAAGAUGAGGCUAAUGCCCUGGCAAUGGGGUGAGGGAAGGGGUAUGUCAGGGGCCUGCCUGGGGGCCACACUGUUUCCUCAGGCCCAAAAACUUAGCACCCCUUCCCGUAGGCAAUUGACUAGAGAAGAAGGAAGAUGGGGUGAUUCUUUUUCUUUUUCUUCUAAUUCUUACCCAGAAAAAUCUCUUGAAAUAUCCAUGGAACCAGUUUAUGACAGGCCAUGCCUUUCCCUUUCCCCAGUUAAGAGAACAAUCAGAAUCAUUAUGUUCUUUUGGUAUAGAAAGGAUUUCUGUAUUUUAGGAAGUAUCUGAAUCAGAAUUACAUUUAAAAUAUAUUCUUUGUAUUUCUAAAUACUUUUUGCAUUUUUGCAAUAGUUGUGCCCAUUCAAGCUUGAGAACCACUGGUUUGGAGAAUAUACUGAACUUUAUCCAUUCUCACUUCUUUUUUUGGCAUUUUCUUGUAAACCAGUCUGUGCAUGUAUAAGGGCCUUUGGGCAGAAGGAAGGGAGAGAGACUAAAAAACAAAAACAAAAACAAAAAUAAAAAACAAUCACUUAAAUUAAGCCAAGGAUGUUCUAGGCUAAGGUCAGGCUAAGAACUGAACAGAAGCUUCCUUUCUGCCAUGACUGUGGGAUGAUAUUCUUAUUGUUCCAUUUUUUAGGAAGAACCUUUUGUUUAUGCGAACCUGAUCAUAUGCAUCUAAGAAUAUGUAACUCUUACAAAUAAAAGACAGCUAGUAAUUA